AACUGAUAAUGUACCUGGACUCAACGUCUCGUACUAAACUGAUAUUCUGUGGUCUCGAUGAAUAUUAUAAUAGUACUAUAGAAGAGUACUAGAGUAGUCACUAUUUCUAGACAAUUACAAAAUGUAUGAAUAGUUACUAACUACUAAUAUUUAUUACUGAUAUUAGCUCUGCGGAAUAGAAGACGUCAUAAUUAAUAUUUUUGUUGAAUGGUUCAUUAAAACCGUUUCGUUUCCAAUGGCAAACGAUACGGAAAUUCUUCACUAUUUAUGGAAUGGGAAGUUAGCUGUAUGCUUUCAAUUAGACGAACAAGAAAUUCAUGGUAUACAAAAUCCAGAGCCAUUUUACUUGAUGGUACCUAGAAUGAGUUACUUUCCAUUGGUCUGUGAUAAAGCAAAAAAACAUUUUGUGAAGCAUGUGGAUCCUGAAAAACAAGAGAUGGAAAUGUGGUUAGAAUUUAAGAAUAUUCCAUUAAAAUGGAAUAAUCCUAUUGGUGUUCUUUAUGAUCUAUUUACAAGCGAUGAUAAACAAGUUGAUCUACCAUGGAAAAUAACUGUUCAUUUUGAUAAUUUUCCUGAAGAUCAACUAUUGCGAUGCUCAUGCCGAGAAUCUAUAGAAUCUAAUUUUAUGUCAUCAAUGAAAGAAGCUGAUAUGCUUAAACACAGAAGUCAAGUAUUUUCUACUAUGCAGCGACAUCAACACAAUCAAUUAUGGACUGGACUACUUAAUGAUAAAUUCGAUCAGUUUUGGUCAGAGAAUAAAAAACUUAUGGAACCAUCUGAAGGCAGUUAUUUUAAGCACAUACCAGUACAUUUUUAUCGAUCAAGAUCAUCAGUUAUGACACAAACACUAGUUAAGCCAGUUUCAGAUGAUGGAAAUCCUAUGACUUUGGGAGAACUGAUGAAACUGAAUUAUCCAUCAGUAGAUAAUCGUAAGUUUGUCUAUAGAAUUGAAAAGUUUGUUUUAAUAUUGAAAAAAUAUUAUUUGUUUUCAGCUAAAGUUUUUACUCAUGGCAUAUGCAUACCUCAUGAAACACCAGUUCAAUGGAUGAGUGAACACAUGAGUUACCUUGAUAAUUUUUUACAUUUAGUUGUUAUCUAAUAUAUAUAUGAACAAUUAAUAUAAUAUAUCACAUAUUAUUGUGUUGAAACAAAAAAAUAUGAAAUAAUAUUGAUAAUUUUAUAAUUUCUAAUAAGAUCACCAAUUUUUUUACAUACAUAAUUUUUUUUACUAAUUUAUACCUGGCACAAACCGGCCUUUUUUGAUAGCUUUCUUUUUUGUUUUAUCCUUUUUUUCUUGUUUCUUUUUCAAUAAAUUAUUUGUACGUUUA